CUGAUACUCUUACCCUAAUUCUUACCAUUCCUCUGGAGACGUCACCUUCUGAAAUUAGGAUCAUAAACAUAAUCGUAACUCUGUAGUCUGUAGGAUAAACCCUACCAUGUCAAUGGCGAACAAACUUGCUACUAGACGGGAGCUACUGGACCGGUGGAGAGGCAUCGAGGAAGAAGAGGAGAACGACGAUGACGAUAAUGUUGAUCCCUCGAAACGUCGUAGCCUCCACCUCCACAAAGAACAAUGGUUUGCAGAUGCAUAUAUUUUUCUAAUAUUUUUGCCCAGCGGAAGUCAUAUUUGGUGUGGCUUUUGGGAUAUAAUGGGGCCCCUUUUGGAGACUUUUUACAAUUACUUCAAAGAUGAUCGUCAAGAUUCACCACUGAGGCUGUUAUGGAAGAGAAUCUCUGAUGAAAUGCAACAGUGCCUGCAGUGCAUUUCUCAGCACCAUCAAGCCCAAGACAUGUAUAGUAUGGAGUAUGAGUCUAGCACUAUUGGUCCUCUUCUUGAUGUCUUGCAAAAGCUUGAUUAUGACAGGGUGACAUUACAUCUGAGAGAUAUCAAUACAAAAAUAGCAGGGGAAAAGUAUGAUCCCGCUAAUGAUAAUGCUGAAGUUGUUAAUGUUUUGUAUGAGGUAUUGAUGUUCCCUAUCCUCUUAGAUUAUCAGCCUCUAUUCACUGAGUUUGAGUUGUUUGUUGAAGCUAUUGAUAAUAAGCAUGAACUUGCUUUGUCUGGGAAUCAACAAUUUCCGGGAGUUUAUGCAUUACUUUUUUGCAAAAGAAGUGUUCGUUCUGUUGGAUAUCGCUUAGCAGGAUCAAUGGGAAAACUGAGGAGAGCAACAGACUUGGAACCUUUGCAGCCAUUGCUUAAGAAAUUUAUUGGCUGUUUAGAGGCAGAUGCUUUGCCAGUGGCUUUGGAGACCUCAACACCAAGAACUCAAUUGGAUCGUGUGUCCUUAUGGAUUGGUAUCAAAUCACUGCUUGGCUUCUUGGAUCCUUCAACGUUUGAAGAAGGGAUAUUGGAACGCUAUCCCUUUCUUGUUGAUAUUGUACUCAAUCAUAUUAGUGGUGAUUCACUUGAAUUUUCACAUGCUGUUACUUGCUUGAGACUACUCUUUGAAAUGCUUGGUUGUAAGCUUUGGUUAAGGUCUACAUUGUCACCAAGUGCAAUGCGCAACACUCUAAUUGGUCAAUGCUUUCAUACUCGCAAUGAGAAAAUCCAUAAAGAUAUUUUUGGUCUAUUCCAACCUUUUCUACAGUCUCUUGAAGCUUUGCAAGACGGGGAGCUUGAAAAGCAACGUAGGUAUUUUCUCUAUUUUCUGCUUCAUCAAGUUCCAGUGAGCAGUAACUUCAGCAUUUUAACAAGAAAAUUGGCAUGUCAGAUAGCCCUUCUUGUUGUACAGAGAGGUUACAAGAUGAACCCGCCCUGUCCUCCCUUUGAGUGUGCACAUAUGUGGGGACCUGCCCUUGUGUCAUCUCUGAAGGAUUCCUCACUUCACAAUUCUUUGAGGCAACCUGCAUUUGACCUUAUACAGACUAUCAUAGUAUCAGAUGCUACUGCUUUAAUAUAUUCGGUUCUGAAUUGUCGCACAACUCCAAGCACUGAUAGUGGCAUGGCCAAUGAGGUCAUUGAGUUGGAUGAUGAAAAUGAUGAUAUUUGGCUGCCAAGUAUUCCAGAUGGUGAAGAGAAGGAUACUAGUAGUUCUUGGAGUCAAUUCAGAGUGCAAAGUGGAAUAACUUCUCAAGAGUGCCGAGAGUGGAUGUGCAUUCCGAUGUUAUGGGUUGAUGUUUUAGUUGAUAUUAAUCCCUCAAUCCUACCGAUUUCAUUUUCGAAAGCUGUUUUCUGGGCACGAUCACGUUUUGCUAUGGUAGAAUUUGAGAAUAGUGCAGAUAUGGUGCUUCCAAGCAGAUCUUUCCUAUCAUCUUAUGCUGCAGAAAUUUCCUCUUCAUUUGGGUGGAAGGUUCCAACUGGAUCUGAUGAUGGUGGAGAUGGAAACAAAUCAAAGAACUCAGUUGAAGUGUUGACAAUGUCCUUUCCUUUGUUAAGAACAUUUAUCAGGUUAACUGAACAUGUUUUAGUUCUGAUAAGACAAGGAGAACUUCGAUGUCAGUGGACUUGGGAACCACUGAUGAGUGAAAGCUUGAUCCUUUCGCUUUUGGAUCCACAUGAUGAUGUUAGACAAUUUGGAAAAUCUAUUUUGGAACAAGUUUCAGACACUCGAGGUCUUUCAAGUGGAUUGAAGUUUCUUUGUUCUCACAAUCCCUCAUUGUAUGCAACUAUUUUGGGCCUCAAACAUGCUAUGAAACUGGUUCAACUAGAUUCUGUUCUGUUGAAGUUUCACACUCUACAUCAUUUUUGGUUUCUUUUAUGCAAAUUACUCAAAGAUGAGGGUCUACUUGCUCCAGAGUUGACUGAAAAUACACACAGUGACUUAAGAAUGCCAAAAUUCUCUUCAAAAGGCGGGUUUUUAAAGCAGCCAGCUUUCAAUUAUUUGCCUGAGAAUGUUAAGCAUGCUAUCAAUGUUGAACAAAGAACAAAGGAAACAAUUGGUUGCUUACUAUGUGAAAUGGCGUGGCCUAUUUUCUGUAGGUGCCUGAUAAAUGGCAAAAACUUCAUUGAUUACAAUCUUUGCCAGAUGACUUGCAUUCGGCUACUUGAGAUUCUCCCUGUUCUCGUUGAUAAAUUCCAUCUAUCUGGUGAUAAGAUGCAUGGGAAUUUCACGAUGCUUGUACAAAAUAAAUUGAAUUUCAAAUGGAUUCAUGAUCUUAUGGAAUGGGGAAAGUCAUCCCUUACAGUUGUAAUUGUUUAUUGGAAGCGAGCAGUUACAUAUAUACUGACUCAGUUCAAAGCUUGUUGUGGAAAAACUUCUCUGUCAACAAUCAUGACCAUAGAAAAUCUUUUGAACAAUGGUUAUACUUUGGAAGAAUUGACAGAACAAGUGUCUCACCUGUCCGUUUCUUUAUCUAUGGAAGGAUCUCAUAAUUUUCAGGAGCCAAAUGCGAAGUCCAAAUUGUUGGUAUAUGAAAGAUUGCGUUUUGAUAAGAGCUGUUUUACUUCAGAUAUUCAUUCUUCAUCCAUGGAGGAUAUAGACAUGCUAAAUGUGGACUCUAAAAUAAUGGCUGACAAAAGAAGCACUGAAAGUGUAAUUAUUCUUUCAGAUGAUGAAGUGGAACCAAAAGUUUCUUUCAAAAAGGACUUUUUAUCAGUUAGUGAGGCUGGUCAGCACAUAUCUGAUGGCAACAUUAUGCCCCAUGAUGUAGGUAAUUGUUUACCAGCAGCUGACCUUGCAAACCAAAAUGUUUCUGUCAUGAAAACUUCCAAGAAAAUGAAGGAAAGCAUCCAGAAAAAGGCUAGUUCCAGUAAUUUACAUGAUAAGUCCAGCACAACCUCAUUUGUUGAUGCAAAAGGUUUAGGUAGUUGUAGGAAAGAAGUAAGCUCAAAAUCCAAGGCUAUGGUCAAUUUGACACAAAUUUCUGAUGAAGCUGUCAAAGCUAAAAAUUUGAAUAAAGCUUGCAGCAACAUGGCUCCAAAAACUGGUGACACUGUGUCAAGUACUUGUAAUAAAAUGUCAUGUCAUAUUCAGGAUGCUGCAGAUGAUCCGCUAGAGAUUGCAUUGAAAUCUGUGGGACGUGUCCAGUUGCAUGUACCAAAGCCAACUGUUUUGAGAAGACAAGUUAUUCAACUCAAAACUCCUCUUGAAAACAAAUCUGGUUAUCUCCGUAAAUUAGAGGACCCAGUGAAAAGAUUCAGGCCACCAAGUUUGGAUGAUUGGUAUAAAGCUAUUCUUGAGAUAAAUUAUUUUGCAACUGUCGGAUUGUCAUCCAUGAGAAAAGAUGAAAACCAAAUUGUUAACAAUUUAAAGCAAGUUCCUGUAUAUUUUCAAUCACCUGAACAGUAUAUGGAGAUAUUUCAGCCAUUAGUUUUGGAGGAGUUCAAAGCACAACUGCAUAAUUCUUUUCUUGAAAUGUCUUCAUGGGAGGAGAUGUUUUAUGGAAUCCUUUCUGUGAUGUCAAUUGAGAGAAUUGAUGAUUUCCAUCUUGUUCGCUUUGUACAUGAUGAUGGUGAUUCUGGAAAAUGUAGGAGCUUUUCAGAAAAUGACUUUCUUUUGUUAACUAAAGAGCAUCCACAAAAGUCUUCUGGUGAUGUUCAUAUGGUUGGGAAGGUUGAAAGGCGGGAGAAAGACAAUAAAAGAAGUUCAAGUAUUAUUCUCAUCAGGUUCUAUUUUCAAAAUGGUUCUUCACGAUUAAAUCAAGCUAGAAGGAAUCUCACUGAACGAAGUAAAUGGCAUGCAUGCCGUAUAAUGAGCAUUACCCCACAAAUUCGAGAAUUUCAUGCUUUGUCAUCAAUAAAAGACAUUCCCUUGCUUCCUCUCAUUCUUAAUCCUGUUGAUGAUUCCUUUUGUCUUAAUGAAUGUAAAGAAGUAGAUCUCAAUAAUUUGUGCCAGUCAUUGCAGCAAACUCUGAGGUCAUCUUUUAAUUUAAGUCAACUUCAAGCAAUAAGUGUUGCUAUUCAAAGGGCUAAAGCAAACAAAUCUGUUGGAUUAUCUCUUAUUCAGGGUCCUCCAGGAACUGGGAAGACUCGAACUAUUGUUGCAAUCGUCAGUGCCCUUCUAGCUUCUCAACAGAAGGUGACAUGUGAAAAAAAUCAUUUUAAGGAAAAUGCGUACCAAAAUUCUUCUUCUACCUAUUCAAGACCAAAGAUUAGCCAGAGUUCUGCCAUUGCAAGGGCAUGGCAGGAUGCAGCCUUGGCUAGACAGUUGGGUGAUGAUAUGCAAAAUUCAUCAAAAUCUUUUGGAAAUUUUGUGAGACAAAGAGUGCUUAUUUGUGCUCAAUCCAAUGCUGCAGUGGAUGAGUUGGUGGCAAGAAUUUCUAGCCAUGGUCUUUAUGGAAGUAAUGGGAAAAUGUACAAGCCAUAUCUUGUGAGGGUUGGAAAUGCAAAAACAGUUCAUCAAAAUUCACUACCAUUUUUUAUUGAUACACUUGUUGAUCAACGUGUAGCAGAAGAGAGGAUGCAUUCAAAUGAUGGGAAGAAUGAUUCGAGGGAUGAUUCAUCAGCCAUGCUUCGGGCAAAAUUAGAGAAAUUAGUUGAUUCUAUUAGGUUCUAUGAAUCCCAGCGUGCUAACUCGAGGGAUGGGAAUUCUAAUGUCAAAAGUCAUCAACAUAAUGACUCUCAUACGGCAAAUGAGAAAGAAAUGUCUGAGAUAGAAAUUGAAAUGAAGCUACGUAAACUAUAUGAGCAAAAAAGACAAAUAUAUAAAGAUCUUUGUAACGUUCAGGCUCAGGAGAAGAGAGCCAAUGAAGAAACCAGGACUCUUAGGAAUAAGCUGCGGAAGUCUAUACUAAAGGAAGCUGAAAUAGUGGUAACUACUUUAAGUGGCUGUGGUGGGGAUCUUUAUGGGAUAUGCUCUGAGAGAAUGUUAAACUCCAAGUUUGGUGGUCCAUCUGAACAUACCCUAUUUGAUGCUGUUGUAAUUGAUGAAGCUGCCCAAGCUCUUGAGCCAGCUACUCUGAUUCCUCUUCAGCUUUUGAAGUCAAGUGGAACCAAGUGCAUUAUGGUUGGUGACCCUAAGCAGCUUCCUGCAACUGUCCUCUCAAAUGUUGCAAGUAAAUUUCUUUAUGAGUGUAGCAUGUUUGAGCGUUUACAGAAGGCUGGACAUCCAGUUAUUAUGCUUACUGAACAGUAUAGAAUGCAUCCAGAGAUAUGCAAGUUCCCUUCAUUGCAUUUCUAUGACAACAAAUUACUGAAUGGAAGCCAAAUUUCUAAUAAAUCAGCACCAUUUCAUCAGACCAAGGGUCUUGGGCCAUAUGUGUUCUAUGAUAUCAUUGAUGGACAGGAGGUUCGUGGGAAAAACUCUGGUGUAAUGUCGCUUUGUAAUGAACAUGAAGCUGAUGCUGCGGUUGAAGUACUAAAGUUUUUCAAGAAAAGGUUCCCAGCUGAAUUUGUUGGUGGAAGAAUUGGCGUGAUAACUCCAUACAAGAGUCAACUUUCUCUUCUGCGAUCUCGUUUUCUUAAAGCAUUUGGACCUUUGAGCAUAGCCGAUAUUGAAUUUAACACUGUGGAUGGUUUUCAAGGUAGAGAGGUGGAUAUAUUGUUACUUUCUACUGUAAGAGCAGCGUAUUCAGGCAUUACUUCCGAAAUCAACUCAAACUCUAUUGGAUUUGUUGCUGAUGUAAGACGGAUGAAUGUUGCCUUGACAAGGGCCAGGCUAUCACUUUGGAUUUUCGGUAAUGCAAGAACUUUACAGUCUAACCAGAAUUGGGCUGCUCUUCUGAAGGAUGCUAAAGAAAGAAACUUGAUCAUGAUGUCUAAGAUGCCAUAUCAUUCAAUAUUUAAAACAGAUAAAAAUAAGUACCUCGUUGAAAAUUCUGAUAAUCAUGCAAGACUAUUGAAGCAUGAGAAGAAGGUUAAGGAUAGUGGCUGCUUUGCAAGAGAAAGUUUGGUUCAUGGCAAGGAUUCCAUUGAGAGGAAAAAGAAAUGUGUUGCCUCUGAAGUCAGGGAUAGCAAUAAGGGUAAUGGGGAUGAGAAUACCUUUUCAGCUUCGGGAAAUGAUGCUCCAUGUAAGGAAAAGAAAUCUGAAGAUGAACAUAUUUCCAUUACAGAGGAUAUGGAUAAAGUUGCAAAAUAUGAAAGCAGAAGCUCCUGUGGUGACAUCUUUACAAUGUCAGGUCAAAAGAUUUGUAAUGGGGGAAAAGAAGGCAAAGAUCAAUUGAACAUUAGCAUGGAAAAGACAACAUUGGGUAAAAGACAAUUAAAAUUUCGACAUUCAAGGAAUAAUUUAGACUAUCCAGUGGAAAAGACAGGAGGUGGGCAUAAGGCAUCAAAACUUUCAGUGUCUGAAAGAGUUACUAUGCAUCCUGGAGGGAAUAGGAGCAGUUCUACAGAAAUUUCUGCUUCCUCAAAAGGCUGUCACAAAGAGAGAGAUGCAGUUGUUCAAGGUACUGCUCCUAAUCAAAGUAAAGAUGCUGAAAUUUCAAAAAGGAAACAGCAGCGUGAAGCUGUUGAUGCUAUUCUUUACUCAUCUUUAAUAUCUGCAAAGAAGGACGAGACAUUGACAAGAGUUUCUGCAAAAAGGCCUUUUUCCUCAUCUAUUGCUGGUGGGAGUACCAAGCCACCUAAGACCAAAAGUGCAAGACCAGAUCAAUGAGCAUGGGAUUAAGGAAGGAACAAUUUUGUUAUGAGGACUAAGGCUGAAGUUUUUCAUGGUUCUUUUUGUGGUCACCAUCUUGAAUUACCUUACUUGGAUGAAGAUUUUUUGCUGCUCAUAUCUGAUGAUUUCUCAUCGACGAUGCAAUAAUGAGUGGAUUUUCAUUGUUCUCUAAUGUGGAGGCUCCCGAAACUUGAAAGUGAUUUCAUGUAACGAUGAACAAUAACUAUUUGUAUAUAUAGGGGCAGAUGUGUAAAUGCAAGAGAUUUUGUUCAUAAUGUUUUUUCAGAUCAUGGGUAUACGUCCG